UUCUCUCUUAUUACUCUCUUUACAAAGUCCCUCGCCAUUAUCCCCCCAAACCCUCACUUACUCUCUGCCCUUCUUUUCCCUUUCCCACGCCAAAACGCAGCGUUUAAUCUCCUCCGAGCUACGGCCAUGGAGGACAAAGAGAACUGCGUACGCUUCACGCGGGCCGCGAAGCGUAGGGCCGCCGCCUCCGCAACGGCGGAGGACCAACCCGCCGCCCCCACCAAGAAACGAGUCGUGUUGGGAGAGUUAACCAACAUUUCUAACGCCGUUAAGGAGGAAAGUGAGAGUUCCGGUGUUGCAACCCAAAAGAAGAAACGGGAGACCAAGAGCAAGUUAACCAACAUUUCUAACGCUGUUAAGGAGGAAAGUGAGAGUUCCGGUGUUGCAACCCAAAAGAAGAAACGCGAGACCAAGAGCAAGGCCAAGAAGGCGCUGCCCAUGACCAAGACGGUGACGACGAGGCAGGAGACGAAGGAGACCGAAGCGAAAUCGGAAGAUCCCCAAAUGUGCGUGCCGUACGUUUCCGAUGUCUAUGAAUAUCUUCACCAAAUUGAGGUGGAUCCAGACAGACGGCCUUUACCCGAUUACAUGGAAAAAGUUCAGAACGACAUUACUCCAAGUAUGAGGGGGAUUCUGAUUGAUUGGUUAGUGGAAGUUGCAGAGGAAUACAAGCUCCUUUCUGAUACUGUAUAUCUAACCGUUUUAUACAUGGAUAGAUUUCUUUCUCUGAAUGCUCUCAGUCGGCAAAAGCUUCAAUUACUGGGUGUUUCUUCAAUGCUUAUUGCCUCAAGAAAAUAUGAAGAGAUUACCCCUCCGCGCGUUGAAGAUUUUUGCUAUAUUACUGACAAUACAUACACCAAGGAAGAGGCGGUGAAGAUGGAGGCUGACAUACUCAAGUCAUUGAAGUUUGAAUUGGGUAGUCCUACGAUAAAGACAUUUUUAAGGAGAUUCACCAGCGUUGCUCAAGAGAGUUACAAGACUCCAAAUCUACAGUUGGAAUUUCUGUGCUGCUAUCUUGCGGAGCUAAGUUUGUUAGAUUAUAAUUGUGUCAAGUUCAUUCCUUCAUUGAUGGCGGCAUCUGUUAUUUUUCUUGCAAGAUUUACAAUUCGGCCAAAGAUGCAUCCUUGGACACCAUCCCUGCAAAAAUAUUCGAGAUAUGCGCCGUCUGAUUUGAAGCAGUGUGUUCUCAUCCUACAUGACUUGUAUCUAAGUAGAAGAGGAGGGUCUUUGCAAUCUGUAAGAGCAAAAUAUAAUCAGCAUAAGUACAAAUGCGUGGCCAACAUGGCUUCUCCUCCAGAGAUACCAGCUCACUACUUCGAAGAUCUUAGACAAUGAUCAAUAGUAAUGAUUUUUUGUAUCUUGGGAAUUGCUGAAUGAGUAAGAUUAAGCUGUUGAAAGUGUUGGAAGUUGAACUCCUGAUGUUGAGCUUUGGUUGCGGAGUUUCUACUCUCAUUAAUGGUUGUCGUACGUGGAGUAUCUCUGCAGUUUUUGAAUCUGAUGGCGUAGAUAGUUCUUGGUGAUUAGAUUUGCCCCAUGAUUCGUAGAUGUUCUUUAGAACGGGGAAGUUGAUUUCUCAUGUUGACAGAACCUUUAGGGAUGAGCUCAAUCCUUCUAAUUUUGAUUGUAUUAUAUUCUAAUGCAAUCCUUCUUUUUCUUUCAA